AUGGCCAUCCAAGAAUCCGUCGUGACCGACCCCUCACUUCGGGAGUGUCUGGCAGUGGUGGAGCGUACCCGUCUCCUGUGUCAUGAGCUCUUAAUGGCGAUGGAAAGCAGCGGGGGUGUCGCUGAGCCUUCCGAAGACGAUCGAAUCAGCCGGUCCCGCAAACACAAACUUCUCAAUGCGCUGAUGACACAGCUGAAGAGCCUACAUCGUGCGGCCAUCAUGUCCGCCCGUGAGGCGAAAGAAACAACGAGCGAGGUUCGUAGGGAGGUGGACAGGCUACAUCUGCAGCUACAGAAUCUCUACUAUGAGCAGAGACAUCUGCGGGGAGAAAUCAAUGCUUGUAGAGAUUUUCCGCACAAAUACACCUUAUUACCACUGAUCUCUAAGGAAGAGUUCUUAGCUUUGCACCCUGAAUACGCAGAAGACGAUUCACACAACCUAAUGAUAGCCCGGCUAAAUAACGAGAAGGCUGUUCGUGAAGACCUAGAGAAGCAAAGAAAAGAACUAGUUGCGAAAAAACAAGCUCUGAUUGCCGAGAACAAAAGGCGCAAAGAGGAUCUAGCGAGUUUGGACGAGCAGUUGAAGAAAUUCAUUGAGUCGUCAAGGCCCAUUCAAACAACGUUCCAAAAAGACUACUGA